AACGUAACUUAUAGUCUCUAUCUCAAACAAACCUUAAGCUUUAACACUUCUAUAUAUUUUAACUCGAUCAAGAUCAAUGGCCAAAACCAGCAUCGUGCGUCCUAUUGCUAACUUCCCUCCUUCCUUAUGGGGUGAUCGUUUCCUAUCUUUCGACGUGGACAACUUGGAAUUGGAUGAUUACCUUGCAGCCAUGAAAGAACCAAGUGAUGAGAUGCAAAGAUUGAUCGUUGAUCCGGGCAUGGAUACAAAUGAAAAACUAAGAUUAAUCAACUGCGUGGGUCGUCUUGGUUUAAGCUAUCUUUUUAUAAAAGAUAUCGAAUGUGAACUCGAAAAACUUUUCAAGGAGCUUGAUAUGGAAGAAUACAACCAAUUUGAUCUUUAUACAACUUCGGUGAACUUCCUUGUUUUUCGACAAUAUGGAUAUAAACUAUCUUGUGAUGUGUUUAACAAAUUUAAAGAUGUUAGCACCGGAAAAUUCAAGGAACACAUGAAAACCGAUGUGAAGGGCAUGUUGUGCUUAUAUGAAUGUACACAUUUAGGAAUACGGGGUGAAUCUAUAUUGGAUGAGGCCUUGGCAUUCACAGAAUCGCAUUUAAAGGCUAUCGUAGAAACUCUUGAAGGAACUCUCGCACAACAGGUGAAGCAAGGCUUGAAGUUUCCUUGUCAACGAGGAUUGCCGAUAGUAGAGGCAAGGCUAUAUUUCUCAAACUUUGAAGAAGAAUGUUCAAUAUACGAUGCACUACCGAAGCUUGCAAAAGCACAUUUUAGUUACUUUCAACUAAUUCAAAAAGAUGAACUGUCCAGGCUCACAAAAUGGUCUAAGGACAUGAAAUUCCAAACAAUAGCUACAUACACAAGGGAUAAAAUGCCAGAAUUGUACCUAUGGGUGUUAGCUGUAUUCUUGGAGCCUCGCCACGUCGAAGCAAGGAUUAUAACAACAAAAAUUGCGCAACUGGUGUUGGUGUUAGAUGACACAUUCGAUGCCUAUGCAACUAUUGAGGAGCUUCGGCUUCUAACAGAUGCCAUAAGCAGGUGGGAAGUUGGAUCUGUGGAGCAACUUCCAGAAUUUAUCAAACCAUUUUAUCAAAUUCUCCUCAAUGAGUAUGCUGAAUGGGAAAAAGAAUUGGCUAAAGAAGGAAGGGAAAAUGUGGUUUAUGCUUCAAAAAAAGCUUUUCAAGAAUUAGCUAGAGCCUAUCUUAGGGAGGCUGAGUGGAGACAUAGUGGAACUGUACCAUCAUUCCAAGAGUACUAUGAGAAUGGAUUGGUAACUUCUACCUACAAUCUUCUUGCAAAAUCUUCUUUAGUAGGCAUGGGCAAAAUUGUGGAUGAAGAAGCUUUGGCUUGGUAUGAAAGUCAUCAAAAAAUACUUGAAGCCUCGGAACUAAUUGCGAGACUCCAUAACGAUGUCGUGAGCUUUGAGUUCGAGCGUGAAAGAGAACAUAGAGCUACAGGUAUAGAUGCAUACAUGAAGACUUUUGGAGUGACCGAAGAUGUAGCUGUUAAAGAACUCAAGGAAAUGAUCGAAAAUGCAUGGAAGGACAUUAACGAGGGAUGUCUAAAGCCAACCAAAGUGUCGAUGGAAUUGCUUGCUCCGAUUGUUAAUCUUUCACGGGUGAUAUAUGUGGCCUACAGGUUCAAUGAUGGAUUCACCUUCUCGGACAUGACCUUGAAAGACUAUAUCACUCUCUUAUUUGAGGCUUCUGUCCCCGUAUAAUCAUAACUAAAUUUGCCAAUAUAUUUUUAUAAUUAUCAUGUCGUUUGUAAGAAUUUUGCCAAUAAAGGAUUGAAUAAAUAUCUUCCAUGCAA